AUGACAUCAGUCUUGAACAAGCUCGUCGACACUUUCAAAAUGGGUUCCAUUGACGAGGAAGAAAGACAAUACCUCCAGGACGUCGAAGCCGUCAAGCAAUGGUGGACCGACUCCAGAUGGCGUUACACCAAGCGACCGUUCACGGCUGAGCAAAUCGUGCAGAAACGAGGCACCAUCAAGAUCCAAUAUCCUAGCAACUCGCAGGCGAAGAAGCUAUGGGGACUUGUUGAAAAUCGCUUUGCUACCAAAACCGCCUCUGCCACAUAUGGUUGUCUCGAACCCACUAUGCUCACUCAAAUGAAUAAAUACCUCGACACUGUCUACGUCUCCGGAUGGCAAUCCUCAUCUACUGCAUCGUCGACCGAUGAGCCAUCCCCAGAUUUGGCCGAUUACCCCAUGAACACUGUCCCCAACAAGGUCCAACACUUGUUCAUGGCCCAACUGUUCCACGAUCGCAAACAAAGAGAAGAGCGUCUGACGACACCCAAAGAGAAGAGAGGAUCCGUGGCCAACGUGGACUACCUCCGACCGAUCGUGGCUGAUGCAGACACCGGUCACGGUGGUUUGACCGCCGUCAUGAAACUCACCAAGCUCUUCGUCGAGAAAGGUGCCGCCGGCAUCCAUAUUGAAGAUCAAGCUCCCGGCACGAAAAAGUGCGGCCACAUGGCCGGCAAAGUGCUUGUCCCCAUCUCCGAACACAUCAACCGUCUUGUUGCCAUCCGUGCUCAGGCCGACAUUAUGGGUGUCGAUCUCCUUGCCAUUGCACGGACGGAUUCCGAGGCCGCCACACUCAUCAGCUCCAACAUCGACCACCGAGACCACGGUUUCAUCCUGGGCUCAACCAACGCCAACCUACAACCUCUCAAUGAUCUGAUGACGGCAGCCGAACGAUCCGGAAGAGCUGGCGACGAGCUCCAGUCCAUCGAGGAUCGAUGGACUGCGGAGGCGGGCCUGAAACUCUUCGACGACGCCGUCAUCGACGCCAUCAAUGCUGGUGUGCACGUCGACAAGAGCGCACUGAUCGCCAAAUACAAGCAGGCCGCUGCUGGCAAGCCCAACAGUGAAGCCCGCGCCAUCGCAAAGGGCCUCACCGGUGUUGACAUCCACUGGGACUGGGAUGCCCCACGGACCCGUGAGGGCUACUACCGCUACCAGGGCGGCUGCCCGAGUGCCAUCAACCGUGCCAUUGCCUACGCCCCAUACUCAGAUCUGAUCUGGAUGGAGAGCAAGCUUCCCGACUAUGAGCAAGCCAAGGAAUUCGCAGACGGUGUCCACUCUGUGUGGCCCGAGCAAAAACUCGCAUACAACCUCUCCCCCUCGUUCAACUGGAAGUCCGCGAUGGCGGCCAAAGACCAAGAAACCUACAUCCAACGCCUCGCGGAGCUCGGCUACUGCUGGCAAUUCAUCACGCUGGCAGGUCUGCACUCGACGGCAUUGAUCUCAGACCAGUUCGCCAAGGCGUUUGCGCAGCGCGGCAUGCGUGCCUACGGCGAGUUGAUCCAGGAGCCCGAGAUGGAAGGGAAAGUCGAUGUCGUCACGCAUCAGAAGUGGAGCGGUGCCAACUACGUGGACAACCUGCUCAAGAUGGUCACUGGUGGCGUGAGCUCCACGAGUGCCAUGGGUAAGGGUGUGACUGAGGAUCAGUUUCAUUGA